CUGCCUUCCAGCUUCAUGGCGGGAGAUGGCGUCCGUUUUUGCGUCGAGGACACCGUCUCGCUCAAGGAUGAUAAGUUCAUGGUCGGCGUCGUCGACCGCUCUUUCGGCGACGUCGACUCACACGAGCCCCGCCCGCAGCGCGACUACAGCGAGGACAUCGAGCGUCACCCGGACAUCCCCAAGGACCACUUCUCCAAGUUCAUGAAGACCGGCAUCCCGCCUAGGGGCGCCGUCCUGGUCUCGUGGCAAACAGCCUUCAAAACAGAGCUUCUCCCAGAGUCCCGGCUGGAGCUGCUGGAUCGCGCCCUCUAUGUGGGCGAUGUGGUCAAGAGGCAUGCCCAGGAUCCUAUGAGUGGGACCGUUAUUGGCACCAAGGCGGUUUGCACGCUGUUCCCCGCCACCAUGUUCCAGGGCGGACAGCUCACAACUGUCAUGACCGAGGACUUCUCGCUCCGAGCGGUGCCCGCGAGUGAACUCAUCAACGUGCACGACUACCAAGAGGGCGCCCUGGUCAUAUACGAUGAUUGGGUGGGCCGCAUCGAGGACGUCUACGACGAGGUGGCCGUCAAACUGUCCAACAACUCAGUCGUUGUGGUCGAGGCCCCCGAGGAUCUGGAGCCCGACGACCAACUCGUGGACCGUCUGAGCGUUGGUGAUACCGUGAAGACCAAAAAGGGGAAUCUUCGGCGCGGCCGUUGGAGGUACGGGGCCUUUGAUCCCCAUGUGCGGCCCGAGGGCACUGUUGUGGAGACACGGGCCGUCAUGAUCAACGUGCAGUGGCUUGCUCGCAAGUUUGGCUCCGCUGGCUCACCGUAUGGCGCGAAUGGCGUGGAGCCCCCUACGCAGCUAUACACCGAUGAGCUGGAAAGCGCAAACUUCUCCGUCUAUGAUGCCUCUCGAGGAGCCUCAAGCACUCUCCCCAUGAUGGCUAACGGCGUCGAUCGGUCCUAUCACGUUGCCGAAGUGGCUGUUGGCGACCGCGUCCGAUUCAAGGACUUGGCCGGAGCCGCUGCCAAGUAUGAUGGGACCCACUCCCUUUCCAAUGGAUACCCCCAAGGCAAGCUAAGGCGGAUAUCACGCACAGAGACUUUGGGAUAUGAUCUCAAUGUCUACCUCGUCAUGCAAACCCAAUCACAGGUCACAGUCAUGUGGCAAGAUCUCACCAUGACUGAAGACAGGAGUCCAUCACUAAUCCCGGACCCGAAUGUGGAAGACGACGACGAGGUCUGGCCCGGCGAGAUAGUGUGCACAAAAGAGCAGAGAAAAGAUAAGAGCUCUGACGAGACCUGGACCUUUGAGCCUGCAAAGGUCGGAGUCGUUCAGUCCGUCAAGCCUCGCGAUCGCAUAGCCACAGUUCGGUGGUUCGAAGGCCCCAGCAUCCGCUUUCUGGCCGACGACCUAAUACCGCCAUCACAUACCGGGAAUCUCCGAGACGAGACUGAAGAUGUUAGCUUGUACGACAUACGGUCGACGCCAAGUUUGACGCGACGCCGUGGAGACUUCGUCUUAAUACAUUCGUUUUCCGCGACCCAACCCGAGGUCGACAUGGACGCCUUCGACAGCGAGAGCCCCGUACGUCCAGCUAUGAACGAGUGGUUUGGAGAGGUCAUUGACCUUGGCCUUGACGGCAAAGUCACGGUGCGGCUUGGCGCCGCACGACCUGUUGUUGACGUCCAGGUCCCUGCCGAAAGAAUAACGCUUGUUUACAGCAGUGAUAUGGACAACCAGUUCGACAUUAUGCCAACCCUGGAAGGCGAGUCGAUAGGGUCUGACGAAGAAGAUUCGGAUUUUGAUUCUGCCUCGUUCAAUGAGAUGUGGGUGGAAUACGAAGGGUUUGACGGAGAGCCGAUCGGUCAUAGUAACGAGGAAGACUGGUCUACAGAGGAAGAAGAUGAAGAUGCCGAUGAGGACGAAGACGAAGAAAUGCCAGAUAUCAUUCCUAGGAAUGGUGAUGAUACAUCAAAAACAACUCCACAAUCACAAUCAGACGGCGAGCAGAAAAAAUCAUCCGUGUUUGUAAACUCAAGAUCUGUUGAUGACUCUAGCUCGUCCCAAGAUAUGCCACGCAGUACAUCCCCUAUGGCCAUGGAUCCUCCAAUACCCAUACCCCAAGGAGCCCCCGCCGAGGUAGAAUCUGAAACCCUAACCCCAACCCCAUUUCUCAUCCUCGACGCCGCCCCGCCUUUAAACCACCACUACCUCUCCACAAACCCAACUUCCUCCACCACCCUCACCCGCCGCAUCGCCAAAGAACACAAAAUCCUCCGCUCCUCUUUGCCCUCAGGCAUCUUCGUCCGAACCUGGGAAUCCCGCCUCGAUCUUCUCCGCAUCCUAAUCAUCGGUCCCUCCGACACUCCUUACGAAUACGCCCCCUUCAUCAUCGAUUUUCACCUCCCACCCACCUACCCUAACACAGCGCCCAGCGCAUAUUUCCACUCCUGGACCCACGGCAACGGCCCCGUCAACCCCAACCUGUACGAGGACGGGAAAAUCUGUCUGAGUUUGCUUGGCACCUGGCACGCAGAUGAGCGGAAUGAGUCGUGGUCUCCGGCAAAGAGCACAUUGCUGCAAGUCCUAGUGUCACUCAUGGGACUGGUAUUGGUCAAGGAACCAUAUUACAAUGAAGCGGGGUAUGAUGUGCAUCGCUCAGCCCCCGAGACCAAACUCGCGAGUGCGCUGUAUACUGAACGCGCAUACUUCCGGGCGCGAGCUUUUAUUGUACAUGUAUUGGAAAAUGAGGUGGUGCCUUUCACGCAGGAGUUGGAUUUUUUGUAUCGGGGUACAGGGGAGGCGGCGCCAAGGUUGCUGGAUAAGGCGAUUGCGGCGGCGAGGGAUGUUUUAGAGAGGAGUAAGAGGGAGAGUGAUGAAGGAGAGAGGGAUGGGCUGAGGAAGAUCAGUCUAGGUGCCGUGGUGAUGCUGAAGAGACAGGUGGAGAGGUUGGAGGCGUUGAGAGCGGCGUUGCCAUGAGCGUGGCAUUAGUGAUGUACUUCUGGGAGAGCGCGAUUUUAGGAGAAAUGCAUUGCAAGGCGUUGGAAUGAACUAAAUAUGCUGGAUAGAUGGAUAUAGACAGGUGGAUGCGAUGGGAUGUAUCUGAGUGUGGUUCAGGGAAUGCUGGAUGGAGUAUCACCUGCUCAGAGUCCACUCCAGGCUUUCCCGCCGUCCCCACAUGCAACGCCACGUCACCAGUUCUCUGUAAUACAGCUUAAUAUUUGGAAGUAUAGUUCCUUAGGAACCUUAUUAAAAGUAGUAGACUCG